CGACGGAAGUUGUUCAUUUAACAUUGCAGCAAUCUAACGAUUAAACGAGUUUAUUCUAAGUGCGCGAGAGAUUAUAUCUUUUAUAUAAAUCAGAAUAAAUACUAAUCCUGUAAGAGUAAAAUUUAAUCAUGCUCGCUAUCUUGUUAGGUUCAAUUUUAUUUCUAUUUGCAUUACAUUGUGUUAUAAGAUAUAGAAGAGUGGGAAGACUUUUAAGUCUUAUUCCAGGACCUCGCGAAUAUCCGAUAAUUGGAAAUAUGUAUCAUUUACAAGUUGACGAUGAACAUUUAAUUAAGGAACUUUGGAGAAUAAGUAAUGAAUAUUAUCCAAUUUACAAAGUCUGGAGCUUCUUUAUUUCUUCGAUAACUUUACUUGAUCCAGAUGAUAUUCAGGAACUACUGAAGAGCAAGGAACAUAUUGAAAAAGCUGCUCUCUACAAAUAUCUUAGGCCCUGGCUUUCAUAUGGAUUACUAACUAGCGGCGGUGAAAAAUGGCACUUACGACGAAAGAUGUUAACUCCUGCGUUUCACUUCAAUAUCCUUAAACAUUACUUUAUUAAUUUACAUGAGGAGUCACAAAAUCUCGUCGAAUUUCUUAAAAAGGAGGCAGAUGGAAAUCCUAUUGUCAAAGAUUUACGAACAAUUAUCAGCAAGUACACUCUCAACGCAAUAUGCCAAACAGCUUUAGGUACCCCAUUGACAGGACAGAGCGAGCAGGAAUCUAAAUAUCGUCAGGCUGUUCAUGUUUAUGGCAGAACUGCUGCAUAUAGAUUUACGAGACCUUGGUGCUAUUACGAUAUUAUAUUUAGGCUUACAUCACAUGGUAGACUACAAAAAGAAGCGUUAAAAACGUUGCACAGUUUUUCGAGAAAUAUUAUUGCGGAAAGGAAACGUUUUCACAAAGAAACUAAUGGGAAAUAUUUGCAAAUCAAUGAAAAUAUUGAGGAGGAUGACGCUUCUUAUAAGGACCCAGAGAAGGACGAUGAGUAUUCGCAGUCCAAGGAAAGGCUUUCUAUGCUAGAUCUGCUCAUAGCCGCAUCUUGGAAAGAUAAUCAAAUAGAUGAGGAAGGAAUUCGUGAAGAAGUUGAUACUUUCAUGUUUGAAGGUCACGACACUACUGCAAGUGCACUGACUUUUGCUUUGAGUCUUUUUGCUAAGCACAAAGAUGUCCAGGAAAAUAUAAGAGACGAGGUUAAAUCGAUUAUGGGUAAAAAUAAUAAUUUGACGAUAUCGUCGCUUCCAAAACUUUCGUAUUUGGAGAGAUGUUUAAAAGAAACGCUUCGUUUGUAUCCAAGCGUUUUUUUUAUUCUUCGGCAGAUUUCUCAUGAUAUGCAACUGAAACAAUAUUUAAUUCCAUCUGGUACUAUUUGCGAUAUAAGUAUUUACAACGUUCACAGAAAUCCAGAAUAUUGGCCAAAUCCAAAUGUUUUCGAUCCGGACAGAUUUUUACCGGAAAAUAUCAAAGGACGACAUCCCUAUUCCUACAUACCAUUUAGUGCGGGGCCGAGAAACUGUAUUGGUCAAAAAUUGGCAAUGAACGAGCUUAAACUCAUGAUGGCUUUUAUAUUGCACAAUUUUGAAUUGGAACCGGUUGAUGAGCUAGAUGACGUUACAUUUAUGGCAGAUCUCACUUUGACCUCGUCUAAACCACUUCGAGUCAAAUUUAUACCAAUUACAUAAAUAUUUUUACACACAUUAUCCUUUACAAAAUAUAAGAAAAAUUCAAAUAUAGUUGUAAAGAAUUUAUUCGUAAUUGUUUCAUAUUUUUUGUUGGAGAACCUAAUGUUCUUUUUAAUUUACUCUGUAUAAAUGAUGUUGGAGAGUUCGUUGUUUUUAAGUUGAUGGAAUCAUAAACAGGGUGCACAAUGAGCAUAACGAGGUAAAAUUAUUUUACGGGUGUUUUACUAGCCACUAAACUAUUUGCAAAAAAAUCAAUGUUGUUGGAACCAUCCGUGAAAAUAAACGAGAAUUGUUUUAAUUUUCCAAAGAACAGACAAAAUAAUAUGUCACGUUUUUCAACCAAACUGUAUAAAUUAAACCAUAUUUCUCCUACAGUGUAUAAAGCAAACCAAAUAAAAAAGUGCUUUAACUAACAAUAAGUUGCACGUAUAACUCAAUAAGAGUAGAAAAAUAUUACAAAUUUAUACCGGAGAGAAAAUUACAUUUUAUAAUAGUACCAAAUUUUGUGUAGACAUGAUGGACAAAUUGUAAGAAGAUGCAAUGUGAAAUUGAAAACUUUUAUGUGGCCCUUUUAGGUGUAAUUUAUCAUUCUGAACCUAGCUGAAAUAAAUUCCUGAGUUUUUUUUUUUAUAAAGAAACAACUGGAGUAAACAUUUCAAGGCAGAAAUUUGUAGUCCAGUUGGCUAUAGAAUUUGGCACUACAUAUCAGGAAUCAUAGCAAAAGAAAAUGUAUCAAACCAAUCAACAAAUAUAAGAUCAAAUUCUUCAAAAAUUCUUACUUUUUUUCAAGUAAGAUAUUGUAAGGAUUACAAAAUUACGAAAUAUUGUUCGAGAUGCAAAAAAUAUGUGUACGGCAAAUCUAUAUUUGAGAACAUAAUAAUUCGUAAAAAAUUCAGUAGA